AUGUCCUCUAUAUCCCUAACCGCAAGAGAUCGCCUGCGUCGAAGCCAGUCCGCUCGCUCCAUCCGCAGGUCGCGUCAGUCCUCUUUACCCUCAGAGCCCUUCGACCCGUCUAUUGCCAGACAGCAUGCCGCUGCAGCUGCCUCGCGCGCCAUGCUGCGCUCCUCGGACAGAUCGUCUGCAGACUCGAAGCACUCGUAUGACCGUCUAGGUGGCCCGGAAAGCAUGGCAGUCCCAUCGAGAAGACCACCCCCGCCGCCCCGUCACACGCAAGCCCCGGCCAAGAAUCCUUCAGUCGAAGACGCUUCACCUUCUCGCCGAUCCGUUGCGAGCUACAUAGAAAGCCGCGACGAUGACCUCACUUUCUCGGCAGCCUUGCCGCCAAUAAGUGAGUUUCGAGGCCUGGAUGGUCGUGACUCCUCGUUGCCCUCAUCCUACCGCCGGCUUCGUAAAGCACGUUCGAUGUUCUCAACCAGACAGCGUUCUUCGUAUAUCUCUCACGAAUUCUCAUCUGAUGCAUAUGCUCGGAGGAUUAAUGACACAGAGCAAUUUGACACGCCCCGCUCUUACAGGACGUUGAGACGCUCCAUGUCUUUUCUGAGAAGUGGUCAAUCUCCUAGAGCCGUCCGCCACACGCAGAGUCAAGAAGCCGCUAUUCAACUCGCACGCAGUCAGUUCCAGGAGAACAUGGGCGGACAACCCAGUAGCCAAAGACAAUCGUCCAUCACCAUGCUCAAGCCGAGGCGUGAGCAUAAACCCUUCAGAAAGACAUUUCGCACUACCAGCGGCUCGGGUAUGGACAUAGAUGCGUCACCAUCGGCGGGGCGGUCCAAAAGAGUUUCUUCUCGUGGAAAAGCGCGGGCUCUUUCUUCGUCUAUCAAGAGAGGGUUGAAGCGGGUUUUGAGGCUGUCAAAGACAUCAACGGCUCCGGGGCAAGCGGAAGCUUCACCCUCCUCACUUCAGCAACACGAUUAUGGCCCAUCGUCGACCAUAUUUGAUGACGAUUUUGGCCACGCCGAUGAAUUUGACUGUUCCCGUGAGGCCAUCGGCCAAAGCAGACCACCCACGGUGCGGAGUGUUCGAAGCAAUGAAAGCCUUGCUUCUUCCCGCUCUCGUGUAACAAGUUGGGCUGACUCAACCGUCACAAAUACGAUUGCAACCCGCAGAGCACCCGAGCGUGACUGUCUGUCCAUCAUUAACGAACAAGGAGACUUWAACGGGCGUGCCAGUUCCGAACUUCCGCCAAGACCAAGUCCAAUACGACCAGACGGUUCCAUCGACAGUAAGCACUUGUACGAUGCGUUGUUGAGGCGGAUCGGCAGAGAAGAUACGCCAAGUCCCAGUGAGGAGGCUGUAGUGGGCCAAGUCAAAGAGCAUCGACUCAUACCAGCGCGCACGUCUUCCCUUCGCCCCAGGCGCAGUAAGCAGACCAUCCGCCAGAUACCAAGCGAUGCAUCGAUUGCGACUUCCAGGACAUUUGCCACGGCCAACGCAGGGACUUCAACUCCUCAGCAGCAGACGCAGCGCCAUCCCCGGUCGUCCAUGCCUUCCCGAAGGAUAUCAAGUGCGCCGAAGGAAGCGAGCGCAACCCUGGAUUUCAGUCCAGUCGGCAAUGCAGAGAAGCCUGCCGCUGCAAGUGCUGAAGAUACCGAGGACGAUUCCCGAAGCGUGAUCGUCGCCAGUCAUGCCGAUCUAGAAACUCUCUCCAACACUCCUAGCAUCUAUUCUCGGACAACCAGUGGGAAUUCUCCUGAAAGGAAAGAUCAGACUAUCGAUUUGUAUUCAUCGGAAACGGAGGAUGAGCUGGGGAUGGUGACUAUCUAUGAAAGCCAGAGGACCGCUUACUGCUCCCCAAAGCGUAUUGCUCGCUCGUCGUCCAGUGGAACCCGAGUGCGGCCCAGUGCUGAAUGGAAACAGUGGAUGUCUUCACAGAUGGCAAGAUUCGAGACAAUCGUUGCCCCUAGAGAUCACUAUAGAGAGGAUGCACAGAUUCAUGAGGAGGCCGGGGACUUUCUAUCAUCAGCUCCUCACCAAGUCUCCGGAAACAGCGAAUCCCCGUAUCAUCAGACAAGCUAUCUGUCUCAGAGUAAUUCCGAGGGUGAAGUGGAAACCGACGGCAAAGUUGUACCAAGCAAUAAUUUCUCCCGGCCAUUCAGUCGGUCGUCGAGCGUCCGCACGAUUGUACCGUCUAGAAAAGAGCACGCAAAGGAGCAGGCUUCUCUAUCCGCGGAUUCGGUCUUCACUUCUCUCAGUGUGAAGCAUUACUCUCAGGGAUACACUUUGCCUACCACAGCAGUACGCACGCGCGAGAAUGAGCCCACCUUGUCGCCAAUGCAAGCGAGAUCAAGCAAUCGACUUCAGACACUGGAUUCUCCCACCCCUAAGAGGCGUGGAGCGGACUCUCAGCAGACAGAAUUGGCAAGCGAGCGGUAUCGCAAGUACUCGGCACGGCGUCUGACAGUUUCUUCAGAUUCGAGGACUCAGCAGCGCCGCUCGAUCAAAAGAACGACCAACGAGAAUGCGAGGGCUGGCGAGCGGCCGGAUAAAUUGGGCCAGUUUGGAGAUCCACACGACAUGCCUUCGCCGGUGUCAAGCAAGCACAUGGUGGAGAUGUUUCUGAGCAGUCGACGGGGACAAAUUGAAAGUAAAAUUUCGGAAGACGGCGCGCAAGAGGGAGCGUUCGUAUGA